GGAAGCAGAGACGGUUCGGUGCCCCCCCGGUUCCCCACGGGGCAGAGUGGCGAGGCGGGGGGGGGGGGGGGGGGGUCCCACGGGGCAGGGCCCGGCCUCACCCCGGAAACAUCCGGCAGCGCCGGCGUGUGGCACCCCGCCCCGCUGUGGGUGCUGCUGUGGGUGCUGUGGGUGCCACCGGUCCCCUUGCAUGCCGUGGGGUGCUGUGGGUCCCCAGUGUGUCUUUGGUGCCCUGACUGCCGUGGGUGUCAUGGGUCCCCCUGCGUGUCGUGGGUCCCUGGCAUGCCCUGCGUGCCGUGGGUGCCAUGGGUGUCAUGUGUCCCCUGCGUGCCGUGGGUCCCCAGUGUCUCUUCAGUGCCUUGUGUGCUGUGGGUGCCGUGGGUGUCACGGGUCCCCAGCGUGCUGUGGGUGUCAUAGGUGCCCUGUGUGCCAUGGGUGCCCUGCGUGCUGUGGGUGCCAUGGGUCCCCUGCAUGCCAUGGGUGUCGUGCCGUGGGUGCCGUGGGUCCCCUGCCUGCUGCCAGCACCCUGCCCGCCACUGACCGUGGGCUCCCUCCCACAGGAGAUGGAGCUGGAGCCCCGGGGGAACGGCCUGGAGCCCGUGGGGCACUACGAGGAAAUCGAGAUCUCGGAGAGCAGCGUCAACAACGGCCCCGAGCACAUCGGGCCCCACUGCUUCGAGCUGCUCCGCGUCCUGGGCAAAGGCGGCUACGGCAAGGUGUUCCAGGUCCGCAAAGUACAGGGCACCAACACGGGGAAGAUCUUUGCCAUGAAGGUCCUGAAGAAGGCCAAAAUCGCCUGCAAUGCCAAGGACACAGCGCAUACCCGGGCUGAGAGGAACAUCCUGGAGGCUGUCAAACAUCCCUUCAUCGUUGACCUCAUCUAUGCCUUCCAGACGGGCGGCAAGCUCUACCUCAUCCUGGAGUGCCUCAGCGGUGGAGAGCUCUUCAUGCAGCUGGAACGGGAAGGCAUCUUCCUGGAGGACACCGCCUGUUUCUACCUGAGUGAGAUCACACUGGCCCUGGGCCACCUCCACUCCCACGGCAUCAUCUACCGCGACCUCAAGCCGGAGAACAUCAUGCUCAACAGCCAAGGUCACAUCAAGCUGACGGACUUCGGGUUGUGCAAGGAGUCGAUCCAUGACGGGGCCGUCACCCACACCUUCUGCGGCACCAUUGAGUAUAUGGCCCCCGAGAUCCUGGUGCGUAGUGGGCACAACCGGGCGGUGGACUGGUGGAGCCUGGGCGCCCUGAUGUACGACAUGCUCACAGGAUCGCCCCCCUUCACCGCCGAGAACCGCAAGAAGACCAUUGACAAAAUCCUCAAGGGCAAACUGGUGCUGCCGCCCUACCUGACCCCCGACGCACGGGACCUGCUCAAAAAGUUCCUCAAGAGAAACCCCAACCAGCGGGUUGGGGGGGGCCCAGGAGACGCUGCUGAUGUGCAGAAGCAGCCCUUCUUCCGCCACAUCAACUGGGAAGACCUGCUGGCCCGCCGGCUGGACCCCCCCUUCAAACCUUGCCUGUCGGAGGAGGAUGUCAGCCAGUUCGACACCCGCUUCACCCGCCAGACGCCCGUCGACAGCCCCGACGAUGUCACCAUCAGCGAAAGCGCCAACCAGGCUUUCUUGGGCUUCACCUACGUGGCCCCCUCGGUGCUGGAGAGCAUCAAGGAGGGGUUCUCCUUCCAGCCCAAGGUGCGCUCCCCCCGCCGCCUCAACAGCAGCCCCCGCACCCCCGUCAGCCCUGUGAAGUUCUCCCCCUUCGAGGCGUUCAAGCCGGGGGCAGCGGGGGAGCCGAUGGAGCUGGGGGCCAACCUGCCCCCCCCAGCCGCCGAAGUCACGGCCCCCCUACCCAUCAAAACCUCCGGGGGUGCCAAGAAGCAGAAGGGGGGGCGGGGGCGGGUGCCCAGGUAGGGGUUGGGGGGGGGGGAGGGUGUGUAUAGGGGUGAAGGGGCCUGGUGCCCCCCAUGGGGGUGGGGGGGGGGCACCCCACGAUGUUGCUUGCUGCUAUGGGGAUAGCCCCCCCCCCCCCCCGCGUGUGCGUGCGUGUGCGUGUGCGUGUGUGUGUGUGUGUCCCACCCCCCCAAACACGACCCCCUGCUGCCAGGCUGGGCCGGGUUUGGGGGGAGCGGGGAGGGUCCCCCCCACCCCAAGGGUGUGGCCCCCGGGGGGCAGGCCCAGGCUGCUGAAUGUGUGCUAAUUAAAGGACUUAAUGAGGC